GUAUAAACAAUUUUUAUUUGUGAGAGAGAGCAUGCACAAAAACAAUAGGAGCAACAACUCAUUAAUUGUAGACUGUUUUGUUUUAUUAAAUUUUCGAGUUCUGAGUGUGCAGUAUUAUUACCGCUUGUUUUUGCAUCUAUAGUUUGGCGAUUAAUGAUGCACUUUAAUUCCUUCGAACGAUGUUUGUUCUAACAAAAUGCAUAACCUCCAAAAAAUCAAACGUCAUAAAAAAUGCAUUUAUCCAGCAACAACAACGACGACGACAAUAGCAAAAAACAAUAAAAGCAGUUUUGAUGUUUGCCCAUAUUAGUAAACAAAUUUGUUAGAAGAAAUGACAAAAAACUGUGUGAUUUCGGUGACAAAUAGCAAUAAAUAAAUAGUGUUUAAUCUAUAUUGUCAAGUGCAACAACAGUCCCGGCCGAUAAUUCUUGGCCUUGACAAUAGGUUGUGUGUGGGGUUAUAACCAAAAAAAAAUUGGCGUGUCUGCUUGUUUCGUUCUGCAGAGUUUGAAUUGUGUGUGCUGUGCAAGCGUCGGCAUUACAAGUUUGUGGGUGAAGUUGGAGAAAUAGAAAGAAUAGUUUGCAGGCAAUAGAAAGUAGAGAUUUAAACUAACUACUCUACACAAUACUUCCUCCAAUACGCAGUAGUUUAGUUUUAUUUAAAUUGCCUGCUCGUUGUUAUUGUGUGGUGGUGUUCUUAUCUGGAAAAACUAAAAGCAAAAGAAUAUAUAAUACUGAAUCACAUAAUUUAUUGAAUACGAAAAAUAAACACAAACAGAGCAAGCACCAAAAUGACGGACGACUGCAUAUCAACCACAACUAUUGAAUAUAUAACAAAAGCUACGCUAAAAAUGAACACUACUACCCCACGAAAUCCAACAGAUUCGAUUCGCUUUGAAGACGAGAUCGGCGAUCGACCUGAUGCAUUGGGUAUGGGCAUUAUGGGCGGUGAAGAGCCGUCUAGUGAAAAUAAGACUGCAAACGGUGUGCUGCAAACACAUCAAACUAACGGCAAAGUCGUCAGCUUUGAAAUAGCAUCUGUUGCCCGCAUGCCCACUGAACGUAACGCCAUGGAGUAUAAUAUGAAUCAUAAACGGCGUGGUCACGCACUAAUCUUUAAUCAUGAAUUUUAUGAUAUACCAUCGUUGGAACCGCGCAAAGGUACAAAUGUGGACUGUGAGAAGCUAAAGAAUGCAUUGAAAAACUUAGAUUUCGAUGUAAAGGUUCAUAAAGAUUGUAAACUGCGCGAAUUAUAUAAACAUAUCGAAAAAGCCGCUUCACAAGAUCACAGCGACAAUGAUUGCAUAGCCGUUGCAAUACUCACCCAUGGUGAACAUGGCUACUUGUAUGCCAAAGAUGUUAUGUAUAAGUUGGAAAAUAUCUGGCACUAUUUCACUGCCCACGAGUGCCCAACAUUAGCUGGAAAACCAAAACUAUUCUUUAUACAAGCUUGCCGAGGUGAUCGUCUAGAUCCAGGAAUAAAACUACAAAAGACUGAAACAGACGGUGAGACAUUUUCCGAAAUGACUUACCGCAUACCGGUACAUGCUGAUUUUCUCAUUUCCUAUUCCACAAUACCAGGUUUUUAUUCUUGGCGCAAUACCACAGAUGGCUCAUGGUACAUUCAAUCAUUGGUAGAGGAAUUGAAUAGAAAUGGCAAAAAGUAUGACAUGCUUACGCUCUUGACAUUUGUUAGCCAACGUGUGGCUGUGGGAUUUGAAUCCUGUGUACCAUCGCGCCCCAUUAUGGACCAACAAAAACAAAUACCUUGCCUCACAUCGAUGCUAACCCGUAUUUUACGUUUCAACGAAAAACCAAACAAAACAAACUAAAUAAUUCUCAACUAAAUGCAUUGCUGCAUUUUUCUGUCUCUCUCUCACUCUCUCUCUCAGAAAAGAAAGUGUAAUUUUAUCAAGUGUCACAUCAUUGCGUACAAAUUUACAACUAAUUUCCGAAAAGAAACUGAAAUACUUCUAUUUUCAGAUUGAAUAUUUAACAACGAAAUUUGUUAUAAGAUUUUUUUUGUGUAAUAGAACAAAAUUUUGCUAAAGAAAAUAUAUAAUAUUAUAAAUACUUAUAUAGUAAAGUAAGUUUAUAUAUACUUAAUCACAUUAUAUACAAACAUACAAAUCAUGCAUUUUUAAGCAAUAAUACAAAUUGUUUGUGUUCCAUAUCUAUGUUUCAUGUAACUCUUUGCUGGCCUGGCUAUUUUGUGACAAGCUGUAAACUGUUAUAUCAGUUUUAUGAAAAAAAUUGCCUUUAGAUAAGUUCUUAUGGUCUCUCUGUCAAUGAAUUUCCAAUUAACUUGCAAUCUUUUUUAAUUUUAAAUAUUUCUUUAAUAUUGCCUUCCACAAGAAAAUGGUUGCCAUUUGUUAAUUUUAAGAUAUUUUUAUAAGAAAAAGUGUUUCUUAAAUAAUAUGAAUAUGAUGUACAACAA